AUGGUAGCACUGAAGGCUUACCAACGGGCUAUCGGUGCCAGCAGGCUCUACUCUCGCGCCUACUCUCAUAGUGCGAAAGGGACCAGUGCCAGCAAGCUUGACGUAGACAGGCUCUUAUCCACGCCUACAUGGUCCGUCGCGUCUCUGCUGCCUUCGGAAGGAUCCAAUCUCAAACCUCCCGAGAUCAGCUCCAAGCAACUCCACCAUCUCCUCCGCCUUUCAGCCCUCCCUCCACCAAAGGAUGCAGAAGAAGAAAGGGAAAUGCUCUCCAUACUUUCGUCCCAGCUCCACUUUGUCAAGGAUAUCCAGCAGGUGGAUACGAGCGGUACUGAACCACUUCAAAGCUUGAGAGAUGAGACUCAGGAGGGAGAGAAAGAGGCGGAGUUAGGAUUGAAGACAAUGAAGAGCGCUUUGGAGGAAGAAGAGAUCCGUGGGAAAUAUCACAGGAGGAUCCGGAGGCGACGACAGAUGAGCUCAGAGAGUAAGGAUGCCGUGGACUGGGAUGUUCUGGGUUCUGCUGUGCGAAGGGCUGGACGCUAUUUCGUUGUAGAAGGAGGAAAAGAUCGAUGA